UGGGUGCACCGUCCACCCUCUGCAGGAGGUGUUGAGUGCUGUGGUAAAAAAUGAAACGGAAGGGGGAAAGAGUGUGGAGGGCGAGGUAGUGCUUGUAAACAUGGAAGGCCUCCCUGAGAACUGUCCUCUGAGCUAAGACCUUAAGUGGGAAAUUCUCCUGGAGAAAUGCGAGGGAAGAGUGGAACAGGUGCAGUGUGGUGAUUUUCCUCAUCUCUUAGUGUAUGGACCAUCAGGUGCUGGAAAAAAGACAAGAAUUAUGUGUAUUUUACGUGAACUUUAUGGUGUUGGAGUGGAAAAAUUAAGAAUUGAACAUCAGACCAUCACAACUCCAUCUAAAAAGAAAAUUGAAAUUAGCACUAUUGCAAGCAAUUAUCACCUUGAAGUUAAUCCCAGUGAUGCUGGAAAUAGUGACCGGGUAGUAAUUCAGGAGAUGUUGAAAACAGUGGCACAAUCACAGCAACUUGAAACAAACACUCAAAGAGAUUUUAAAGUGGUAUUAUUGACAGAGGUUGACAAACUCACCAAAGAUGCUCAACAUGCCUUGCGUAGAACCAUGGAAAAGUAUAUGUCCACUUGCAGACUGAUCUUGUGUUGCAAUUCUACAUCUAAAGUGAUACCACCUAUUCGUAGUAGGUGCCUGGCAGUUCGUGUGCCUGCUCCCAGGAUUGAAGAUAUUUGUCAUGUGUUAUCUACUGUGUGCAAGAAGGAAGGUCUGAAUCUUCCUUCACAACUGGCUCAUCGACUUGCAGAGAAGUCGUGCAGGAAUCUCCGAAAAGCCCUACUUAUGUGUGAAGCCUGCAGAGUGCAACAAUAUCCUUUUACUGCAGAUCAAGAAAUCCCUGAAACAGAUUGGGAGGUGUAUCUCAGGGAGACGGCCAACGCUAUUGUCAGUCAGCAGACUCCACAAAGGCUCCUUGAAGUUCGUGGAAGACUUUAUGAGCUUCUAACUCAUUGUAUUCCUCCUGAAAUAAUAAUGAAGGGCCUUCUCUCAGAACUUUUACAUAAUUGUGAUGGACAACUGAAAGGGGAAGUGGCCCAGAUGGCCGCUUACUAUGAACAUCGUCUACAGCUCGGUAGCAAAGCCAUUUAUCACUUGGAAGCAUUUGUGGCCAAAUUUAUGGCACUUUAUAAGAAGUUCAUGGAGGAUGGAUUGGAAGGCAUGAUGUUUUGACAUCUUGAGGUCUAUCCUUAAUUCUUCCUAAUAUUUCUCAGUAUCAGCAUUUACAUUCAGUUUAUAUUGGAAGAGCUGCAGGUAAAAUAAACUAACUUUACUUAAUCAUGUCUUAUUUGUGGGUUUUUUUGGUAAUAAUUCCCCUGUGAAUUAUUAUUAUAAUCUUAAGUUAAAUAAUUGCUCCUUUGUACUAAAGAAGUAUAUUGAAAAGAGACAACUUAGAAACUUUAGAGUCCAAAAACAUGAUUUUAAUGUACUUUCACAAUUUGCUAUCCAAGUAUGCAAUGCUGGUCCUCUCAUUUUCCAUUCAUUCUCUCUUCUGUUGGAGGAAAUUUACCACAUACAAAAGCAGAGAUUAUUUUCUACCCUCCAAGGGACCAUUUUUGGCCAUAGGCACAUAACUCUUCGCUUGGCAGGUCAUUACCUUUAAUCAUAUUUUCCCUCAAGAACUGUAUUUUUGCAGGAAAUAUAAGGAUUAAUUUUGAAAUGUAAUAGCAUGAGUAUGAAGAAAAUUGUUGGAACCAUUUCUUUUGAAACUACAGAAAUCCAACUUUUAUUUCAGUGAUUCAGAUUUGGUAUUAGGUUGGCUACUAAGUAUGCAUGUUUUCAUUAAAUGCUUGAGGUUCCUGAAGAACAUGUGUCAUGUGGUUCACAGCAAAGGUAUAUUAGUAUAGAAAUUACUCUUUGAACAAGUACAUUUUUCUGUCAUUGAUCUAUCCUUUGGAACAUUUUUUCAUUAGAAAUUUGGUUCAUGGAACAAAGUUUGCUUAACAGAUUUGUAUUACAGGCUCCGAACAGUUUCUUUAAUUUGGGGCAACAGAAGCAUGACUCCAAAAAAAGCUAAACCAACAAGGUGAAAUAAAAGAUUUUAAGUUUAAAUAAGUUAAAUUACCUCUGUAAGGGUAACAGGGAGACAUGUUCUUCCAGCAGUUAGUAAUAAACAGGAAGUGUUUAAUUGACAGACACAGCUGCACACAUACAAAAAGCCUAAUACAAUUUUAGACUUAUGGGAAACUGUUACGGUCAAGAGAGAUGAUGAUUGCCUUUCUGUGUUUGUUUUGGUGGUACUAGUUAGCCCCAGUUGGCAGUCCCAGUCAUUGAGGGGUUUAUAUGCCAGGGGGAAAGUGAGAUUUGGGAGAGCUAAGAAAGUUUUAAUUUGGAAAAAAGAAAAGUAAAAAUAUGGUGACUGUCUUUUAAUGUUUAGAAUAAUGCACUUGGAAGCGUUAGCAGUCUUAUAAUUUGCAUAUCUUUAGAGCAGUGCUUCUCAGAGUAGAAUCCCUGGGUCAGCACCAGCAUCACUUGGGAACUAAGAAACACAAACUCUCAAUUUUUAUUCCACAUCUACCGAAUCAGCAACUAUGGGAAUGGGCCUCAGCUGUCUUUGUGUUGUACCACUUCUUCAGGGAAUUCUGAUGUACGCUUAAGUUUGAGAACCACUGCUCUAGAGAAUGUAUACUUAGGAUCAAUGGGCAUAGAUUAAAGACAGACAGUUGGAGGUAAAGAACAACUUUCUAACAGUGGCUAUCAUAAUUGUUUGGCAAGCUUGAGAGCUCCUUAUAAACAGGAAAUGUUCAGGUGGAGAACUAAUGGAGAAUGCAAUGCUUACAUAUGUUAGGCAUUGCAGUGGGAACUUUCUAUGUAUUAUUAUAACCUUACAUCUUUAGGAGCUAUUGUUCUAUAAAAAUAAAGAGGCUGAGAUUUAGAGAAACGAAGUAUAAUUUUAUAUAAUAAAACAUGCCCAUUUAAAGCCUAUGAUUUUUGACAAACAUAUUCAGAGUAGCCACCAUCCCAAUCAGGAUACAGAUUUCAUUACCCUAAAAAGUUUCUUACACAUUCCUUUGUGGUCAGUCCACCCCUAUCCUGUCCCAAGUGACCACUGAUGUGCUUGCUGUCAUUAUAAGUUAAUGACAUGCUGUUCAAGAAUGUAGAGUCAAACACUGUAUCGUCCUUUUGUCAGGCUUCAUUGAGAAAUAAUAAUUGAGAUUCCUUUAUGUUUUUGAAACUUAAUGUUUCCUCUAUGUUUUUGAAACCUAAUGUUUCACUAAUUUUAAUUUUUAUUGACCAGUUUGUAUAUGUUUUAAACCUGUUUACUAUUGAUGGACCUUUGGGUGUCCAGGUUUUGAUUAUUAUAAACAAAUUUGCUCUGA